GGCAGAGGCACAUCGGGCUGGACUCCGGGCAGAGGCACAUCGGGCUGGACUCCGGGCAGAGGCACAUCGGGCUGGACUCCGGGCAGAGGCACAACGGGCUGGACUCCGGGCAGAGGCACAUCGGGCAGGACUCCGGGCAGAGGCACAUCGGGCAGGACUCCGGGCAGAGGCGCAUCGGGCUACCAGGCGAAGCGGCAGGCAGCGGGCCACCGGGCGGAGCGGCAGGCACCGGGCCCCCGGCGGGGCGACAGCCUCGGGCCCCCGGGCGGGGCGACAGGCCUCGGGCCCCCGGGCGGGGCGACAGGCAUCGGGCCCCCGGGCGGGGCGACAGGCAUCGGGCCCCCGGGCGGAACUACAGGUCUCGGGCCCUCAGGCGGAACUACAGGUCUCGGGCCCUCAGGCGGAGCGGCGGGUGCCGGACCCCCAGAUGGAGCGACAGGCCUCGGGCCCCCAGGCGGGGCGACAGGCAUCGGACCCCCAGGCGGGGCGACAGCGGGCACCGAGUCACCAGGCACGACAGUGGGCUCCGAGUCAACUGGCAUGACCGCUGGCACUAGGGUCAGACAUUGGAUCGUCUGGCUGGACAGCGGGCAUCGGGUCACCAGGCAUCAGGUCAUUUGGGCUCGACAGCGGGCACCGCGUCAUCUGGCAAGGCAGUGGGCUCUCCGAGUCAACUGGUAUGACCGCGGGGCACUGGGUCAGACAUUGGAUCGUCUCACCGGACAGCGGGCA